AUGAAGAUCUCAAGCGUCUUGGGCCUCGUGGCUGUUUGGUUCGCAGCAGUUGGCUUGGCCAUCGCAUCCGUCACUGGAGAUUUCGAGGACAAGGUCAUCGCAGUCUUGCAGGCUCGUGAUGUUCCAGCUCACCACAUCAAGGAGAUCGUCAAUCUCAUUCCACGUGACACCGUUACCGUUACCACCACUCCUGUCGGCUGCGCUACCUAUGGUCCACCAUCAUAUCUACCAGCACCACCAUCGUCUUAUGGCAUCAUCACCACUGAGACCACUGAUGGUACCACUACUACUUCGGUCACUGGAACUGCGAUCUUGACUCCGGCCAUCACUCCAGAGAUCACCACCACUCCUAUCGAGACUACCUCCCUCGAGACUCCAGUUCCAGCUGUUCCGGUCACUCCCACUGUCGCAACCACUCCGGUCAGUUCCACUACUACCACCAUUGAGAGCACCACCGUUGAGAGUACCACCGUUUCCACCACCGAGGCCACCACUCCUGUCGAGACUUCUACCUCGAGCAGCGUCGUUGAGAGUACCUCCUCUACUACUGCUCAUCUCACUGUCUCCACCACCACCUCGGCUCGGACUACGGUCACUCCAACCACUAGCACCGGCAUUCCACUUGCUCCCAACAAUGGUGCCAACACCCCUGGUAUCAAUGUCGGCUUGCUCGGAUUGGUGGCUAUGGUGGCUCUUAUCUGA